CAGUGCAUUCUGGGCAAUAAACAAUGCAACCACGUGUUCUUCUGUUCCAAAAUGGCGUCUUGUAGCGAUGGAACACAAGAUCGACAAGUUUCUCAUUCAGACGAACUCCUCCAUAUUCCUUUCAGGCCUGGUAACGUUGUCUUGAUACCUUGAAGAAGUAAAUGGCUCGUGAUCCAGAGUUUGUCAGCUUAAACCGCGUGCUUUUUUUGUUUUUGUUGCAGAAAAUUCCAAAUUUCUCAUAACCAAAGAAAGCAAGUCAGAAAGUAGAGUUCCAUCGAAGAUUUUUAAAGUCGAGCCACCUUCAGGUAACAUGCAAACUUCGUCUUUGUUGUUGUUUUUGAUAUGUUGUUGUUGGAAUCGUCGCAUCCACAGAGUCGGCGUGGGGGAGGUCAGAAAAAACUGGAUGGUACCCAACAGGACAACCUCUAAAAGGACAAAAUGGCAACUUCAUGGAGUUCUACAGCCCUGAAUGGCACACUGAGAGUGAUUUUGUCAUCGUCUUUCAGCAGAGAAGCUCGUCUAUACACUGACAAACUGAAUAAACACGAACAUUUGUUGUAGUUUACUACAAUAAUUGUUGAGUGCAAUGUGCAUUUUCAAAAGGUCAACAUAAUUUGAAAGCAAUUUGGGAGAGUGGAGAAGCAUUUUAAGACCCUGGUUUUAUUAAUAAAAAGGAAUCCUACGGUGCCAACAUACAGCCACUGUGUAUUUUGGUACAUAGUAUGUAUUGGAUAUUAUCUUUACAGAACUACAGUACAUAAUAUUUUAUUGUGGGAACCCUCUCUGUAACAGUGGCUACGAUCAACUCCCUUUAUUGCAGACACUGAAGGGAGCUCGAGUUAGUGUCCUCAUUAGUGAGAGUCCGUAAGAGCGUAAGCUUAUUUCGGUCAAAUGUCUGUAAUUUGUUUUUGCCGGGGAUUAAUCUGCUGUCUGUAUUAUCGGGGUGUCGAGAGUUGACUAUAUUGUGGAGUUGCCCUUGGCGUUUUUGUCCCACACUUCUUACUAUUCAAUGUCUUUGAUCUCUUGUGGUCUAGUUUUAAGAAGAGUGAAAGAUUUCCUACCAAAGAUAAAGGAAGCUGAAGAAGCACUUCAGAAAGAACUUGAAGCGAAAUCCCCCUCUGAACUGGACAUUGAAAAUGUUGAAGAUGCUGGUCCAUAUAUUGAAAUGGUAGGACUGAAACUUGUGCUCUGGCUUAGGACAAGGCUAAGCAUCCCAUCUACAGGGAAAUAAAAUUACUAUAAACUUCCGCUUAUUAUUGCUGGGCUUAUACGUACAUUUUCUUAAGGGGUUUCAGGGGGGGGGGGUCUUAUAUCCCAGGGGGCUUAUAACUGGAAGUGCUGAUCAAAUACGUGACCAAGUAAAGCGACUGGCUCUGGCAACGAGAGCCUUUCAAACUCCUGUCCUUGUGCAGUGAAGCAAACUAGUGCUACAGCAGCCUCCCGGCUCAAUUUUCCUAAAUUGUAAUACCUUAUUUGAUACACUUUAACGUAAUGUAUGCAUUCAAUUCAAUGGGUCAUUGAGUGGCAUCUAAAAUGAGAUGCUCUGUAGACGUUUUAUCCAUGACAUAAAAUGUCUCAGAUGAAUAAUAUUUGACUCAUUUUAUACAUUGCAGUAUUGUCAAAUUUUGUUGCAUGGGUUAAUUUGAAUUAAAUUUGUCAGUCAUGAAUUGAAUUCAAUGAUUGCAUGACGUGUUAUCAACUUUCCUCACUUAUCUCAAUUUAUAGAGUUUAGCCAUGGUGGAAACUCAAGCAGACAGCAGUGAAGGUUCCUGUGAGGAAAGCAAUUCCAUAGAUGUGAAUUCUGAUGGAGAUUCUGAUGAAAUUCAAACACAGGAAAUAGACUGUGGACCUCUCACAGAGGAAAACUUUGUUAUUAGAAAGACAGCAAAUGGCAGUCUUAAGCCAUUCAUCGAAGAAAUAACCAAAGAGAAAACGAACACUCUGCAGAAAAAGAAGAAAAGACUUAAAUCUAAGAAAGAUUCAAGAAAAGGGAGAAAAAGAUAG